AUGCUUAUUUUUGUGAAUUUUCGGACAUCUUGUUGCCUAUUGUUUUCAUCCACGGAGAAGAGCUGUUUACAGAAAGCAAUCAUGGAAUGUGAAGACGAAUAUGCUGACAACAAAAAGCUUAUCGAAAUUAAGGACCUGCGACGACAGAUCCCGAAGAAUUUCAGUUAUUUUGCAGUCGAUUUUGGUCUCAGUAACGGCUACGCGCAUGUUAUUGAGCAUACUGAGAGUUUCCCGUCCACAUUUGCCCAUGUAAGUUUC